AUGCCUGCCGCCGUGGAUUCAGUUCCGUUAUACGAGGAAUAUCCUUCUCGAGGUGACCUGCGUGCGCUGAUGGCCGAGUAUCCUCUACCCGUUGUUGUACCAGGCACCUUAGAGACAGCGUCCUUGACUCCCGAGGGAACCAUAAGGCAGGCUGCAGUCGUGCUGGAUGCGCUUAGCGCUGCCCUAGAGGGCGACGAUACGAAAGCGCUGAAAGAAGUCUUCUUCUCUCAUCAAGCAUACUUUAAGGAUGCUCUGGCACUAACCUUUCAUCUGCGUACUUUCACCACUCCUGGUGUCAUUGCCUUAGCCCUUCUGGAGCUCCAAAAACUGAGAGGCCUUGCUGGGACGUUUAAGCUCGAGAGCGCCCAAUUCAUCCCAGCGUCUCCAGAUCUUCACUUUAUUGAUGCGAGGUUUUCUUUCAAAACCACCACCCCAGCUGCUACUAGUAGCGGAAGGCUUCUGCUCCUGCCCGUUAAAGCCGACGGAAAUGUGGCUAUCCAGUGGAAGAUCUGGGUUCUGAGCACCCAGCUUGAGAAUCUUGAUGUGCAUCCCGAAGAUGAGGCUUUGCUACAGGGUCCCGCCAAGAAGCUGGAUGGUAUUGAUAGGAUCGAGACGGACGUCUUCAUCAUUGGAGGCGGGAACAGCGCCGUUGCUCUUGCGGCGCGGCUCAAGGCUCUGGGUGUUGAAUCCGUCUUGGCCGAGCGGAAUGCCCAUCCUGGAGAUAACUGGGCUCUCCGAUAUGAUUGUAUGAAGUUUCACAUCCCGACAUCGUUCUGCAACCUUCCAUAUAUGCCUUAUGGUCCGGAACUUCAAAGCCCACACCUCCUUACCAAGGCGGAGUUGGCUGAACACAUACGAAAGUAUGUCGCCUCUUUCAACCUCAAUGUCAUAAACUCGGCCAAGAUCAAGUUGACGGUCUACGACCAAGCGGCUAAGCAGUGGACGAUAAAUUUCGAGACUCCUGCUGGUCCGCGCACAGCUAUUUCAAAGCAUCUCGUUCAGGCAACAGGCAUCGGAUCACAGAAGCUGUAUAUUCCACCGAUUGCGGGGAGGAAUCUCUACAGAGGCAUCAGCGUCCACUCGGUCGACUUCAAAAGUGGCAACAAACUAAAGGAGCUGGGAGCCAAGUCCGUCCUUGUUAUUGGCUCUGCCAACACAGCAUUCGACGUUAUGGAAGACUGCCACCUUGCCGAGCUCCAGACAACACUCAACGUCCGGUCACCAACAUAUGUAAUCCCACUCAACUAUCUUUGCGACAAGCUUAGCCUCGGUAUUUAUGAUGAUGGUGUUGAGGCUGCCGACAGGUUCAUCCUAACCCUGCCAUCUCCCAUCGAGAGCCAGCUCAGCCAGAGUGUAUUCAGACUCUUGGCAUCACGGGAACCAGAACGCUACAAGGCUCUCGCCACGGCAGGUUUCCCCGUCAUUAAUAGCGCCAACCCAAAGGCAGUCUUGAUGAGCCAUCUACUCGAGCGUGCAGGGGGGCAUUACGUUGACGUAGGCACAACCAAACUGAUUGAGGACGGCAAAGUCGGCGUCAAGGCGAAUGUCGAACCCGUCGCGUACACAGAGACGGGUUUACAGUUCUCAGAUGGCAGUACCCUCGACGCGGAUGCCAUCGUGUGGUGUACGGGAUUCGCCGACAAGGACGCACGCUACACGGUGGCCGACAUCUUAGGAGGCGAGACCGAAGUCGCUACUCAGGGGCUUCUAGGCCCUAAGGAGAUUGCGGCCCGUGUUGACGCUACAUGGGGUCUCGAUGCUGAGGGCGAGGUUCGCGGGAUGUGGAAGCGUCAUUUAAGGCAGGAGAACUAUUGGGUUAUGGGCGGAUAUACGCAGUUGCACAGGUGGCAUUCACGGAAUCUUGCAUUGCAAAUCAAGGCGGACCUUGCUGGAGUCCUCCCUCCAGCCUACAGGAGCACUCCUAUGUCGAGAGACAAGGGAGAGGGCUCCCGCUCCAUAGUGAGGGGUGCCCUGCUCUAA